AUGCCCGCUACCAGAAAUACUCGUCGUGCCACUCCGGAAACAUCGCGCAAUGUCACUUGGGAAACGUCGAGUUGGGCGAUUGAGGACACGGAUGAACAGACGCCAAAGCCAAGACGAAGCGAUCCAUGUAUAUAUUGCGGGAAAGUAUUAAGCAGACAGUCGGAUAUGAAACGACACAUGGCAAGAUACGGGCCAAAAAACUUCAAAUGCCCUGAAUGCCCUUUCGCAUCGCACACGUCGUGCGGGCUAAGGGUCCAUUAUAGGACGAAGCAUACCGACGAAAAGGACGAUUGUCCUUUCGAUGACUGUCCCUACGGCAGUGGCGAUCCAUCAAGCCUACACCGCCACAAGCGCAGUGCGCACCCAGAAUUUGUACCGGCACCGCGAGCCGCCACAAUCCCCAUUUCGCAGCCGGAUAUUGUGCAGCGCGGCAGCACAUAUCCCCAACAUCACCAGUAUUCCGUGUUUCGGGCAUGGCCACGGCCAUCCGACACUUCAUCGACGUCAAUAGCCCGUCUCCCUUCGCUUCACGAGCUGGACAUAUGGAUAGCUGCCCAACAUGAAAAGGAUAGGCGAGCUCGGGCCAAUUGCUAA